AUGUCUAAACCAUUGGUACUCAUCGUCGGCGCUACUGGAUACACCGGACGAGCCAUCGCAAAUGCAAUUCUUGAAGAAGGCAAAUCUCGCCUCGCGAUUCUAGUACGAGCGCAAUCAGUCAACAAACCAGUAGUCAAAGAGCUCGUCGCCGCUGGGGCCGAACUUCGAGUGGGGGACACCUCCGAUCCUCCUGAGAAGUUGGAAGAACACCUGGUUGGCGUAGAGACGCUGAUCUGCACAGUCCUUGUGUGGGUUGCAGAUCAGAAGCCAUUGUUCGCUGCCGCCAAGAAGGUUGGUGUUGGUCGCGUAGUGCCGUCCGAUUUCGGGCCUGUAGCACCCAAGGGCGCCAUGUGGAUGAACGACAUCAAAAUUGGUAUUCAUGAAUAUAUCAAAGAGAUCGGGCUACCGUACACCUUCAUUUAUGUCGGAUGGUGGCUUACGUUCAUGUGGCCGACUCCCCAUUCCGAGCAUAACACCCUCGACACUCCGAAGUUUUACGCUGGUAGUAAGGACCAGAAGCUCAUAUACUCGACAUUCCCGAGCAUCGGUAAACUCGUCGCGCGGAUCAUCGCCGAUCCUCGAACAAUCAACCAAACAGUUGUCGCCCAUGAUGGUGAAAUCACACUUGGAGAGACAUGGGCGAUCGGAGAGAAGGUAACCGGCGAAGACUUCUCAGAUUAUUACAAAGCUUCCGAAGCAGAUUUGGAUGCAGCCUCCAAGCAAUCGAUUAACUGGAUGAAGAAGACCACUGCCGACUAUUACAGGAGUUUAUACAUUCGAGGAGAUAAUACCAUCGCUAAAGCGGAAGCGGCCGGUGCGUUGAUUGCCAGGAAGCUGUAUUCAGACGUCCCCUACCCAGACGUACUGGAGGAAGCCAAGGCGCGCUACGCAACAUCAUUUGUUCCCGAAUACGGUGUACCCUUGGAGGAAUUACUAGAUGUCUACAAGCCAGAAUAG